UACUGAGUAGUGAGUACUGAGUACUGAGUAGUGAGUACUGAGUACUGAGUAGUGAACACAGUGUGAUGUAAUCAACCACAGUGAGAACUGCAUCAUCAUUGUGUGUCACCAGUGUGAAAGUCCUGAUAUCUACCAAGAACAUGUCCGUGUGUGUGAUGAUUACACUUUGAUUUCUCUGUGGUGACACAUACUGCAGUACACUUCCUGUCCUGUGGCUGUCCCACUGGACAUUCUUUUACUACAGUACAUAUCUCACAUAACGCUGAAACAUGUACACACACGUGUGUACUUUUUGUGGCUUGUGCACGCCUGUUGCCAUGGAGAUGUCCAUCAGCCUUGUGAUGGAACAUGUCUCCUGUGUCGACGCGCAGCUCCGUCAGGAUGAACGUUACUGAAGCAUUAGCAUAAAUGAGCUGCAUGUCUGUUAGCAGCAUUUGGUAUUUUUGAAUAAAAACAUCAGAGUUUGGACAGAAAGUCCAGUUUGAACUUUGAAAGUUCCUGUUCUCUGCACCGUAACACCACGAGAACCGGUUGAAUGAGUGGGAAACGUAGACUGGUGGAUGACGGAGGUACUGCAGCUGCAGCACUGGAUUCUUUUUCUGACUCCAGCAGCACCACGUCCAGGUGUGUCGACUGGUGGUGAAGUGUGUGUGUUGACAGAUGGACCAGCGUCCUGGGUCGGGGGUCUGAUGUCACGUCAGAAGGCGUCCGUCUCUGUGGAACAGCACUGCACUCUGAUACGGAGCAGUACUGCAGUAUGCAGUACUGCAGUAUGCAGUAUUAUCCUGUGUACGUGGCUGUAACAGCUGACGGUGGAUUUCUCACGGUGUCUCAGACCGAGAGAAUCCAGACCAUCGUCUUUCUCCCAUUUUGUUCUGUCGUCCUCUGGCUGUGGAUGGAUGGAUGGAUGGAUGGAUGGAUGGAUGGAUGGAUGGAUGUGUGUGUGUUUAAGGAGGUGGAGCUCACACAGCCAGUUGGAGUGAACUCCACCUUUAGAACCAUCACAACAGGAAACCCCCGUCCACUGGUUGCACACGGCACACGACGCUGCGGGGGCCGGCACGACACACACACACACACACACACACACACACACACACACACACACACACGGCCUGUGAUGUAGGAGGAGGAUGACAAGAGAGAAGGAGGGGGGAGGACGGGGGGAGGAGCAUGACAGUCAGUAAGCAUGCUCUGAGAGAGAGAGAGAGAGAGAGAGAGAGAGCAGCAUCUGAGUGGAGGAUCAACACCACACCUGUCUCUUUCCUUCACACACACACACACACGCGCGCGCGCGCUCGCUCAUACGUCACACUAACAUUUCUAAGGAGGCGUCGAGCUCCGGAGGAGAACGCUGUUUCCUGCCACAGCUUUGGAGACUGGACCACAGCUGCAGCCAUCGCUUCCUGCGCCUUUUUCAUCACCGCUUUUCAACACAGGAGGCGCUCUCCAUCACCUAGCCCGCGUUCACUUGUACCGAUUCGACCUCUGUCUUUCAACUGACCUCUGAUUGGUGAGCUCCUCCUCCUCCUCCUCCUCCUCCAACAGAGACAGGCCAGGAUACCACUUCAGACCGCAGCCAUGAACUUCCUCCGACGCCGUCUCUCUGACAGCACGUUCAUGUCCAACCUGCCGAAUGGAUACAUGACGGACCUGCAGAGACCUGACCCAGCUGCACCUCCUCCCCCCGCUGCAGCCUCACCUCCCCAGCAGGGUGCAGCCCCUGCCCUUUCACCAACUACUGCCCCAGCAGCGUCCCAGGUUCCAGCCAGCUCCUCCGCAGCUCAGGAGCGACAGCCACCACAGCCGCCGCCGCCGCCGCCCUCCUCCUCCUCCUCCUCCUCCUCCUCCACCUCCACCGGUGCUGCCUCCGGGUUCUUCAGCUCCUUCAGCUCCAUCACCAAUGUGGUCAAACAGACAGCGGCCUCUGCUGCUGGCUUCGUGGAGCAGUCGGCUCCGUCACCCUCGCUCUCCAAGAAGUUCAAGAUCCUGCUGGUGGUCGACGAGCCUCAGCACGAAUGGGCCAAAGUGUUUCGGGGAAAGAAGGUCCUCGGAGAUUAUGAUAUCAAAGUGGAGCAGGCCGAGUUCUCUGAGGUCAACCUGGUCUCACACUCCAGUGGAACCUGUAACGUGGACAUGCAGGUCAUGAGGGGCGGUACCAGAGUGGUCAGAUCUUUCAGGCCCGACUUUGUGCUGGUGCGUCAACACGCCUUCAGCAUGACGCAGAACCAGGACUUCAGGAACUUGAUCAUCGGUCUGCAGUACGCAGGAAUCCCCUCCGUCAACUCCCUGGACUCCAUCUACAACCUGUGUGACAAACCCUGGGCUUUCUCACAGCUGCUCCAUCAUCAGAGGAGGCUCGGAGCUGAGAAGUUCCCUGUCAUCGAUCGGACGUUCUACCCCAACUACAAAGACAUGAUCACGUCUCCCAGCUUCCCUGUGGUGGUGAAGAUCGGACACGCCCACUCUGGGAUGGGAAAGGUCAAAGUCGACAACAUCAGUGAUUUCCAGGACAUUGCGAGCGUGGUCGCCAUCACUAAGACCUACUGCACCACGGAGCCGUUCGUCGACGCCAAGUACGACAUCAGGGUGCAGAAGAUUGGCACUGACUAUAAAGCCUACAUGCGGACUUCCAUCUCUGGGAAUUGGAAGAGCAACACCGGAUCUGCCAUGUUGGAACAAGUAGCCAUGACUGACAAGUAUAAACUGUGGGUGGACACCUGCUCACAGAUGUUUGGAGGACUGGACAUCUGUGCAGUCAAAGCCACCUGUGGGAAGGACAGUAAUGACUACAUCACUGAGGUGGUGGGGUCAUCGAUGCAGCUCAUCGGUGACCACCAGGGGGAGGACCGCCAGCUCAUCGCUGAGGUGGUGAUCGCUAAGAUGAACCAGGCACUAGGUGGAGGGUCAUCUUCAGCCUCCCGCUCACCCGUCCGCUCCCCUCAGAGUGGGAGGGCAACUACGGUGCAGCCGCAGCAGAGUGCAGCCGUUGAGGAAGGAGUGACCGAUCCAAACAGGGCCUCAGGCCAGCGUCCUCCACCACAAGGUGGCCCAGUGAAAUCAGAGUCUGAGCCGCCACCAAAGUCUGCUGCGGCCCAGAAACCAGGUCCAGUCCAAAAAGCCCCCUCAGUUACAAGGCCUCCAGUUCAGAGGCCCCCCCCCAUGACCCGGGCUCCAUCUGUCACCAAGCCUCCCCAGGAGCCUUCCGCCACUGCCUCACCAUCAUCUCUGGCUAAAGGAGCAGCUCCGAGCCCCCCCCCAACCAAAGCAGCUACUGCUGCUGCCAAAGGCCCAGACUCUGCUCCAGCUGCAGCCCCUCCCCCCACCGCUUCUCCUACAACGGAGCAGCCCCAGCCUCAAGGUUCUCCAACUCCAGCCCCCGGCAAACCUAAAGAGUUGCCCCCCAAACCCACACCCCCUGCAAAGCCCAUCGCCCAGGCCUCGGAUGCUGCCCCUGCCCCAGUCCCCGUACAAGUUCAGUCACCAGUGAAGGCCAGCCAGCCCCCGCCUGACACCCAGCCCCAGGCCAAAGCAGCCCCCCCCCCUCCAGACCCUGAUUCUGACCCAGCUGAAGCUGCUGCUGCCCCUGCUGAGGCUCCCGCCCCAGAGGAAGAACAACCUGCUCCCCAGCAGAAGAGCCAUCCUCUGCUGAAUAAGUCCCAGUCCCUGACCAAUGCCUUCAACGCCUUCAGCGACUCCUCCUUCUUCCGCGGGGUCUCGGGCUCAGGAGGAGGCGACGGCCAGGAGGAGUUCUGGUACAGAGCCUUGUCACAAUCAGCUCCGAGUUCCAAAAAAGCUUCAUCUUCAACAAAUCAUGUGCAAAGUUUGGCAAAUGGCCACGGAGUUCUGUUUCCUCGGUACACCUGA